AUGGCGAUCGCCGUUAUGGAACCGCUCUGUGUAUGGCAGUUAGUUCUUGUCACGUGUUUACUUGUUAUUCCAAUACUUUAUCAGACUAGCAAACAGUUUAAAUAUUACGUAAAAAUUGCCGUUUAUUUCCUGUGCUCACUUUUCAUCGGUUGUGGUGUCAUCAUUUGUUCACUUAGGCGACCGAGAAAUCCAAAAAACCAUUUCGUAGUCUCAUUUAGUGUUAGAGCUUUCCUGAGCGAUCUGCUUGGCAUAGAACUGAUUGUACGAGAAGAGGAGCGGCUAAAGAAAGAUGAGCCUUUUAUCAUUGUUCUCAACCACCAAAGCUCUCUUGAUAUGAUUCCUUUGUUUAGGAUAUGGCCAGAUAACUGUGUCAGCGUUGCCAAGAAGGAGCUGAUCUGGACAACGGGCACCUUUGGCCCAGGGGCCUGGCUAUGUGGUACUGUGUACAUAAACAGGCUGAACUCUGAAAGUGCACGGAAAACCAUAGAAGAGACUGCUACUCUAAUCAAGAAUAGGCGGUUGAAAAUUGCAAUAUUUCCAGAAGGGACCCGCAACCACAGUGGGUCCAUGUUGCCUUUUAAAAAAGGUGCUUUCCACUUGGCUGUGCAGGCCCAGGUGCCCAUUGUCCCUGUGGUAAUCUCAUCAUACAAACAUUUUUACAGUAAGAAAGAGAAGAUUUUCGAUGAAGGUAGGGUGAUAGUAGAGAUACUGCCGCCUAUUCCAACAACAGGGUUGACUUCAGCCGAUGUGACGUCACUCACUGAGAAAACUAGAAGCAUCAUGCUUGAGUGUUUCCAGAAAAUCAGUGAAGAAGCCACUGCAAGGAAAUGA